AGAGACAGAGAGAAUAGGAAAGAGAACAGGAAUGUGAGAUAUGCUCAUAGAAGAUGAACAGGUAAAAAUGUAACUGAAUGAAAGGUGGAGGGACCGGUUUUACAAGACAAAAGAGGAUACAGGAUCCAGGGGAAGGUCUUAUCCUGGAACGAAGAAGACUAGAUCAGAGGUGACAGGACUUUACAGCUGGAGAGAGAGAGAAAGAGAGAGAGAGAGAGAAGAAAGAAGAUUGGAGAGGAAAAGAGGUCAGAGUGAGAUCUGGAGAGGAAAAUACACCAAGGAGCGAGGGAUUAGCGUGGGGUUUGUAGAAGGGAAGGAGGGACACAAAAAAAAGGUGACCACAUUUACGGUCAUGAAGACGAAUGGAGUUGGUUAAUAAUUCACCACGUCAUGAGCUACUAGAGUUCGUAAGUGAAGAGGGUGGGGCUAAAUCACUAAUGAAGGUGUGACUUGACCAAACAGCGAAGCUUGAUGUGAGAGAGAGGGAUAUAGUACUGCAGCGAGAGAGAGAGAGUGAGUGCUAUAAGAGUGAGAGAAACUCUGCUGGACUGUAAAAGGGACUACUCUGAGGGGAAAAUGCUGAAUGAAGACUGACUGAGACUGGAAGGUGACCACACACGCCCAGAAUGGCGUCAACGACAGCGGGUCAGUAUUCGGAGUGUAAGACAGGAGACACACUUUGUGAGAUCAGUGUUUAUGAGCAGGAAGUGAUCGUGGUCCCUGUGCUGUUGUUGAUGGCUUUCCUGGUCACUCUGGUGAUUCUGCUGCUGCUCCGCUACUGUCCUGAGAAAGCAAGAUGUCUACUGCCCUCAGAAGGCCUCAGCUCCACCCACACUCCCAGAAACAAGAGGAUGCUUCGCGGCAUAGAUGCUCCUCUGGGUCUGAAUGCUCUGGAGGGAGAGAGUAUAGCACUGGACACUGCUCCCUCUUACUUCACCUUUACCACAGCGCCCCCCACCAGGGCCUCUUAUAACCAUGACCCCUCACUAGGGGUGGAUAAUUUAGCCUUCAGUACGGACGGUGGCAACUUUGGAGCUGCUGGCUCUGCACUGGCGAAUCCCAGGGAGCUUCCACGACAGCGUCUGCCUGAAAAAUUCAACAGAGUGACUGCCCUCCUGUCCUCAUACUCUGUAAAGUCUGACAGCUCAGUGUCUCUGUACAGAGCCCGCAUGGAGAACAGAAACGUUGUGCUGCGAGUGCUCAAUGAUUCAGCAAGUGCCUCUGAGAGCCAGUCCUUCCUGGGAUUCGCAUCUUUUCUGUCCCAGUUGGGGCCACACCCCUUUCUGCCUGAGCUCAUCGGUGUAGUUUCCUUACGUGCUCCUCUCAUCAUGGUCGUGGAGGAGAUGGAGAACCAGGACCUGCUCAGCUUUCUCUGGAGAUGCAGACAGGGAAACACAGGCCAAGACGCUUGUGAGAUGACAGAAAAGUGCAUCUUCACCAUGGCUUCACAGGUGGCCUCUGCUCUGGAGUAUCUUCAUUCCAAAAGUCUCAUCCACGGUAACGUCAAGGCUCGUAGUGUGCUUGUCAGCCGCAUGUUGACAGCCAAGCUGUGGGGACUGAGUGGUGUCUAUGCCAGAAAAAAUCAGGGAGCCAAUUACAUAGAGGAUCCCGGAAGGAAGAAAUGGCAGGCACCUGAGAUACUGGCCAAGAGACCGGCCAGCCAGAAGAGCGAUGUGUGGUCUUUUGGGCUGCUGUUGUAUGAGAUGGUGACUCUUGGUGAGGCUCCGUUUGCAGAGAUCCCUGUGCAGGAACUUCUCCAGUAUCACCAGAGAGGGAAGACCCUGAAGAAACCAAACAACUGCUCCAAUGCACUUCACUCCAUUAUCAAAGGUUGCUGUCAGUGGAAGGAACAAGACCGCGCCUCGUUGGAUGAGAUCAGACACAAGCUCCAAUCAGGAGAGAAAAGUGCUAAUGACAAGACUGUUCUCCGGGUGCCUGAGCCAAUCAACAUUGAGCGCUACCUGCAGGAGGCAGGAUAUGGACAGUCCAAUAACUACACAGUUUUCUGAGCCCAGAAGGGAGCAAACCACCCAGUUUUACCAGGAGACAGUAAGACUCUGAAUUAGGUCAUGGUGGUUCAUGGUGGUUUCUGAGUAUCACCUACUCAGAAAAAAAAGAUGAAUCUGACACCUCUGCCCCAUACGCACUGUCCCAGACUGUAUGAAAAGAUGCCCUCUUUGGAAAAUGCUAAUGGAAAUAUCACACUGCAUUAUGAUGAUGACUGGGUAGGAUUACUGGAACAAGUGAUGCUGAGAGAUGUGUCGGGGGUGGGGGUGGUGGGGUAGAUUUGUAUUUAAGUGAUUUAUUAGUCCUGUUUACAGCCUUUUAAGUGAAUUAAGGAGAGAUAAUAUAUUUCGGAAUCGGUUUUAAAUAAUAUGAUUUCUUUUUUUUAUUCUGAUGGAUGGAUGUUGUUGUUUGGUCUGUGAUAAAAACACGUUUACUUCAUUCUAAAUACGAAUAUCUGUGAGGUUUCAUUACCUUACUGUGUGAUCAGCGCCCUGCCAUCAGGCCGUAAGACUCAUCUAAAUGGGUUGCACUGCAUUUUAACUCUGGUGCCAUUAAUGUGAAUGUACU